AGAUCAUUCGAAGAAGAUAAAAGAUUCAUUGAGAGGAUUGACAAGGUCAGAUACAGGAUUAAGAAGGGCUUCGUACCUAAUAUGAAUGUUGAUGGUAUGAUCUAUGUCAAUGAUAGUAUAAAGGAUCUGGUGUUUGAAGAAUUGGAACAACAUUGUACACAUGGCUCAAGUGGAUUCUUGCCUGCGGUCAAACAGAUUGCGAAUGUGGCAAGUUUACCAGGCAUUGUAGGUCAUUCAUUGGGCAUGCCAGAUAUUCACAGUGGUUACGGAUUCUCAAUUGGUAAUGUGGCCGCAUUCGAUACUGAAGAUCCCAAGUCUAUAGUGUCACCGGGUGGCGUCGGCUUUGAUAUCAACUGUGGCGUGCGUCUGCUGCGCACCAACCUGAUGGAGAAGGACAUCAAUCCCAUCAAGGAGUCACUGUGUCAAUCAUUGUUUGAUCACAUCCCCGUAGGAGUAGGCUCAAAGGGUGUCAUCCCAAUGGGUGCAAAGGCUUUGGAUGCUGCGCUCGAGCUGGGGCUCGACUGGUCGUUGCGCGAAGGCUACGCCUGGGUCGAGGACAAGGAGCACUGCGAGGAGUACGGUCGCAUGCUCAAUGCUGACCCAUCCAAGGUGACCGAGCGUGCAAAGAAGCGUGGUCUGCCCCAGCUGGGUACGCUGGGCGCCGGCAAUCAUUAUCUCGAGGUGCAGGUCGUCGACGAGAUCUUCAACCCAUCCGCCGCCAAGAAGAUGGGCGUGGACCGCGUUGGUCAGAUUUGUAUUAUGAUUCACAGUGGCAGUCGUGGACUUGGUCAUCAGGUGGCGACAGACGCGCUCACAGGUAUGGAGAAGGCAAUGGCACGCGACAAGAUUCACCUCAACGACAAGCAGCUGGCUUGUGCGCAUAUCAACUCCGAGGAGGGCAAGGAUUACCUGGCGGGCAUGGCUGCCGCCGCCAACUUUGCUUGGGUCAACAGACAGAGCAUGACAUUCUUGGCACGCCAGACCUUUGCCAAGGCAUUCAACGCAUCGCCCGACGAUCUGGACAUGCACGUCAUCUACGACGUCUCGCACAACAUUGCCAAAUUUGAGGAGCACAUGGUCAACGGUCGUCCCAAGAAGCUGCUGGUACACAGGAAGGGUGCCACGCGUGCCUUCCCGCCUCACCACCCGCUUAUCCCUGUCGACUACCAGUUCACUGGCCAGCCGGUAUUGAUCGGUGGCACAAUGGGCACGUCGAGCUACGUGCUCACUGGCACAGAUAUUGGCAUGAGCGAGACGUUUGGAAGCACAUGUCAUGGAGCCGGUCGCUCAAUCUCGCGAAACAAGUCACGCAAUCAACUGUCAUACCAAGACGUGUUGGGCAGCCUCAAGGACAAGGGCAUCAGUAUCAGAAUAGCAUCGCCCAAGCUUGUGAUGGAGGAGGCACCUGAAUCAUACAAGGAUGUAACACAGGUUAUUGAGACAUGUCACACCGCUGGCAUCUCACAAAAGACCUUCAAGCUACGUCCUAUUGCUGUAAUUAAAGGAUAA